UCGAUCCUGGUUGCUUUUUGGGGGGAAGGAAGGAAAGAAAGAAAGAAAAAAAGAAGGGAGAAGGUUUCCAUUCAUUCUGCCAGAGGUCCUUUGGUGAUCCAUCCAGGGCCAUGCAGCUAUGCAGUGGUGGCUUUCUCCUUCUCUUGCUGGCUAGCGUGCCUUCCAGCUUCCUGUUGAAAGACCAGGAGGAAGAUGAGCUGCCUUUGGCAACAUCCAGGCCUGCCAGGGUCACCCCUGCCCAGAAUGUGCCCGGCUGCCCGUCCAAAUGCACCUGCCCAACAGAGGAGACAGUGGAUUGCGGUGGCCUUGAUUUACACAUUUUCCCCAGCAAUCUCUCUGCAGGCAUCCAGCAUCUCUCAUUGCAGAAUAACCAGUUGCAGGAGCUGCCCUACAACGAAUUGUCUCGAUUGGCCAGACUGAAAACUCUCAAUCUCCACAACAACCACAUCAACUCUGAUGGUCUCCCGGAUGAAGCCUUUGAAUCCCUGCAAUUGCUUCAGUACAUCUACCUGGCCAACAAUAAGCUGACUCUGGCACCCCAGUUCCUACCCAACACUCUGCGCAUUGUGGACCUCGCUGCCAACCGCCUGACAUGCAUCUAUCCACUUACCUUUGGACAUAAGCCUGGCCUCAGGUCUGUCUAUAUGCACAACAACCAGCUGAACAACACCGGCCUGCCCUUUGAUGUCUUCAAUGGCUCUGAUGCCGUCAGUACCCUGAUCCUCUCCAGCAACCGACUUACUUAUGUGCCCCAGAAUUUGCCCCAUGCCCUCGUCCGUCUCCACUUACAGAAUAACUUCAUCUCCCGUGUCCCUAAAGGAGCCUUGAGCAGCCAGUGGCGCCUCCGGGAGCUCUACCUGCAGAACAAUAACCUGUCCAGUGAGGGCCUUGACACUUCCACCUUCAGCAGGCUGAAGAGCCUGGAGUACCUGGAUCUUUCCAACAAUAACCUGACUCAGGUGCCAGCUGGCUUUCCUGCAAACAUUGUGAUCCUGCACCUGGGCCGAAACCGAUUGAGCUCCCUGCCACCUGAGCGCCUCAGCCGUGUGAAGGGACUGCAAUACCUCCUGCUGCAGGGCAACACCUUGACAGCAGCAGGGGUGCACCCCGAUGCCUUCUCUCACCUGCGCUUCCUGCACACACUCCACCUGUACAACAACCGCCUGGAACGCAUCCCACUCGGACUCCCACGGCGGGUCCGUUCUCUGAUGCUGCUACACAACCAGAUCACACGGGUCGGUCUGCAUGACUUUGCGGGCACUUAUGCCUUGGUAGAGCUCAACCUCAGCUAUAACCGGCUUUACAGUGCCCACAUCCACCGCCUGGCCUUCCGCAAACUGAGGCGCCUGGAGACUCUGGACAUCUCAGGCAACCAUCUCACCCUCCUGCCUGCCGGGUUGCCCUCUAGUCUUCAGGUCCUCAACCUUCAGAAGAACCAGCUCAACUCUCUUUCCCCAGAGUUGCUGGCCAACCUCAGCAUGCUCAAGGAGCUGCACCUGGCACACAACCGCCUGCGGAUCAGCAGCAUCUCCCCAGGCACAUGGCAGGAGCUGUAUGGGCUCAAGCUCCUGGAUCUCAGCUACAAUGAGCUAUCCUAUGUUCCACCAGAUCUGCCCGAAUCCCUAGAAUAUCUCUACCUGCAGCACAACAGGAUUGCUGUCAUUAUGGCUGAAGCUUUCCUCACGACCCCCAACAUCCGGGUCAUCACCCUCAGAUCCAACCGUCUGUUGGCAGCCAAUGUGUCUGAAAUGGCAUUUGCAGACCUGAAACUAUUAGAGGUAGUUGAUACAACAGGGAAUCCAGAGCCCAUCAGCAUCUCUUUGCUGCAAGCUGUACGCUAUACCAACACCAAUAUGGGUACCUAGAGAGGCAGCCCAAAGGAGGGUUGCUGUCCAUGGCUCCCUCUGCAUGCCUCUGCUGCCUUGGGCUUCUCAACCAAGAUGGCUUCAUCUGACCUGCCUGCAGGCAGCUUUCUGCACUGUAGAGCAUCUGGGUAACCGGGCUACUACAGCAUGCUCUUAUCUGUUUUUCCAGGGAGCAGGAAUCUGCUACAAGCCUUUGGUCCGAGACAGAAAAGAUGGUGGUAGACUUUAAAAAAGAAAAGAAAAAAGGAUUGCACUGUUGCAGCUGUAAUUGGGCUCUGAUCCCCAGAGGACUUGUGCUACCUUGGGGCCUUGCAAGUGUACGGAUGAAGGCAUUUGGAGUAGAACCAAAAUGGCAGUCAAGACCAUGCAGAUAGCUGUGUUUGUGUGUGUGUGUGUACAAACACGCCACUAAUCUGCAGAACUACCUGAGACAUCUAUGGCUCAGUUGCUCUUCCCCCAUUGUUCUUUGAAAAGGUGUGACCCAAUUUGUUAACUAAAUACUACUUAGCCUAUACAAUAGGGCAAUUAGCUAUGGUUCCUUAGAGCAAAUGCACUACUUCAUGUGUGUCACAGUGGCAGUCUCUUUACAAAGGAGAAGAAAACUGGCUGUUUAGCAUCACACAGAACUACUGGGCAAUAGAUGCUCCACAUAAGCAAAGUUUGAGAAGAGUUAGACAACAUUCGGUUCGUGGGGACAAGAUACUGAGUCCAGGUUCACUGCAAAAACAUGACUUUCUCUGUAGAAGGACCAGAUCACAUUAUUCAUAGCUAAAGAUAGCAUGAGAGUUGACAGGGAGCAAGAAGACUAAAUCCAAGGAAAACCAAAGAAUAUAUUAUGGGAUCCUAGGAUAACGGGGGAAAAUGUUUUCCCAAUAACUAACACACAUUUGGUCUUUGUUUUGCUUAGAAUGAACACAGAGCUUGGAAAAAUUAUGUUCUUGAUUACAAUGCCCAGGAUCCCCCCAACCACACUUACAAGAUCAAGCCAGUGGCUUUUGACAGUUUCUACUUUAUUUGCAGAUGCUGGCAA